AUGCUGUUAGAGCCUUUGCCGCCGCGUAUGUACCGGAGGAAGUAUAAUGAGAAGUGUGCCUGUAGCGGCAGGCAGCUUCAUGAGGCAGUGCAGCUGUUGCGAGAGGCAGUUCAAAGCAUUGCAAGCGUUCAUGGAGAAAGCAGCCCUUGGUGCAAUUCUGCUGCUGCUGCUUCUUCUACUGCCGCUCUCGGAGUGGCGACUGCGGAGGCUUGCGGGAGACAGCAGCAGGAGGAUCUGCAGCUGCGCGUUCAGGAGGGCUGUGACGUCGAUACACUGGCUCUGCCGCAGACGGAAUGGGGGGGCAGGAGGUGCGCUUCUGCUGCUGCUGCUGCUUUUGCAGAAACCUUAGAAGGCGUCAGGGAGGUAUUACCGGAUGCCAGACAGACAGCAGAGACGGCUGUUACGGCAGGAGCGAACGGAUCGGCAGUCGAGGCACCCCCCCUCCCCCCCCACAGAAAUGCUUUCACGGCGAGCGAUGCGUGGCAGAAGACGAUGGCUGCAGGCUUCCAACAUCUCCGUUCUGAUGCAGCAUGUCUAUCGGUAGCUGCACAGGGUGCCUCUUCGUGGGGUCCUGCUCUAAGGACUGGAAGAAUAGCAGCAGCAGCAGGAGCAGCAAUACCAGUACCAGCAGCAGCAGCAGGAGCAGCAAUACCAGUACCACAGCAGCAACAGAUGCAGCAGAUGCAGCAGCAACAGACACAGCAGAUGCAGCAGCAACAGACACAGCAGAUGCAGCAGCACCAGACACAGCAACAGAUGCAGCAGAUGCAGCAGAUGCAGAUGCAGCACCAGACACUGCAUGAAAGCUUCCACAGCUCCAAUCUGCGCGUGCAGCGCCUUUCUCUGCAGCCUGCGCAGCUCCAGCAGUGCGAUCGACGGCCUAUGGGCGAGGGGGAUUUAGCUACAUCGGCAGCAGCACAGCAAGGUGCAGAGGCUGCAGCGGCUGCAUCUUGCGCUUCUAGCACAACAUUUUGCAAGCCUUACGCUGCCGAUCAAGACGACAUCGGCUUUGCAGGUGCUGCCAUAUCUCCGGGAGAUGCAGCUUCUCCGAUACUGCUGCCCGCUGCCGACGCGCUGUGCUUGUCGGCAGUAUGCACUUUUUCGGGGGGCGAAGGCUUGACUUCUGCUGCUGCGGCUGUCAAACACUUUGAAGUGCCGAGGCUAGACUCGCCGCUGCCUAUGGCAUUUCAGCAAAACUGCGAAUUGCAUACGGUUAGUCGAAUCGGCCUGCUGGUGCGACAUAGGGGGGACUGUGAGGGGUUCAAGUGCCGGUGGAGUGCAAACGGAGGGGAAAAAGACGAGGGACGAAAAAGAGGGGAAGAAAGCGGGGAAGAAAAAGGGGAAGAAGAUUGUUCUUGUGAUUGUGCACACCAAACGGCGCGAAAAUUGCCGAAAAACUGGUGUGUGUGUGGACGAAAGGGGGUAGCUGCACUAAGCUUCCACUGCACGCUUCCUGUUCAAGUUGCGUUCUCUCUCCCUGUCGUGUCUGUCUUUCGCUGCCGCGAAAACAUGCCUGCAUCGAGAGAAAGCGCGCGAGAGGGCUGCUUGCCUUUCUUGCGUUUUUCCCUGUUGGCAAAUCCGUUGGAGCGGCUUCCAAUUCUGUGUGCUGCAGGUGUAUGUCAACGGCUGGCCGCAUUUGGUGCUUACCUCGAUACCAGGAGUUGCAAUUCGCGCAGGCGACCUACUUUUCGCAGACUUGGGCAAGAAGCUCUUCGUGCGACUGCGAGAACGACUGUGGCAGCAGGCUGCUCUGCGGCUCGUGGGUAUGUGCAUUUUGCGCUGAGAAGAGGCGUGGGAAGAUCAAUAGCGUUUUUGCGGCCGUUUGAUGUUGCGCCACCCACUGUCUACGUGGCAUCGACAGUGAAUGACGCAAUGAAAGGAUUUCCUAACAAAUUUAAAAAAAAAGAUGCUCAGGAUUUAGGGCCAGACGCCGCCUAUCAGCUCGGGAACGGCCUUGUAGACAUUUCCAGUUGCGCUGCAGCAUGCGUUGAGUGCGGCUUAGAAGCAGCAGCGUACGUGGAGCCAUCUCUCGCCGCCUCCUGGGGUGGCUAUAUUUUCCUGAGAGGGGGAGAGGAACGUGUUUUUCGCUUCUUUCCCAUGAUUUGCGGUUUGUAUUUAGAUGAAUUUGUCGCAUGCCGCUGCUGCGCAUCUUUGCUGCAUGGACGUUGUCUCCCGAGGAGUCUUUGCGGCGCUUCUGAAGCUUUUCUCUGUGGACGUUGUUUGACUCUGAGCCAGUAA